AACUGGUGUGUUAAACACGCCAGACUCAUGUCGCUCGCGCAAACUAACGCUCGCAAACACGACCCUGGUCAACCACCGAGGAGGAUGAUUAAGUUACCUAACUUUUUAGUUGGAGUGAGAAUGGUGAACCGCAAUGAAAGAAGAGCCGUAGCCUGCGUCCUGUUGGCAGUGACGGCUGUCGUCGCGGCCGCAUCAUAUGACCGGGAACGACUCGAAAUUGCCAAGCAAAUUCUUGAAGAAGUCCCUCUUACAGACGGGCACAACGACUUACCAUGGAACAUUCGUAAGUUUCUGCGCAAUCAGAUCAACGAAUUCGAGCUGGACACUGACCUCACGCAGGUGGCGCCCUGGUCCAUUUCAAAAUAUUCCCAUACUGAUUUACCUCGUCUCAGGGAAGGCAUGGUAGGAGCUCAGUUUUGGUCUGCCUUUGUACCUUGCGCGACUCAGAACAAAGACGCGGUACAACUUACCUUGGAACAGAUUGAUGUUAUUCAACGCCUCGUUGAAAAGUACCCUCAACAUCUGCAACUCGCAACAUCUGUUACAGAUAUUCUUGAGGCUCACAGUGCUAGGCCUCGUAAGAUAGCUUCUCUCAUUGGCAUCGAAGGCGGUCAUUCCAUCGCUAACUCCCUUGGGAUUCUCCGGACUUACUAUACACUUGGAGUUCGCUACAUGACUUUGACCCACACCUGCAACACGCCGUGGGCCGAUUCCGCGAACGAACCUCCCGCUGUAAACGGACUGACUGAAUUCGGAGAGAAAGUAGUACGCGAAAUGAAUCGCCUUGGCAUGUUGAUUGAUUUGUCACAUGUGGGGGAGAACACGACACGUGCUGCGAUGCGACUUUCAAAGGCCCCCGUUAUCUUCAGCCACUCGUCCGUUUAUAAUCUGUGUCCCCAUAAGCGGAAUGUUCCCGACGAUAUCAUACAAGCACUGAAAGAAAAUGGCGGUCUUAUCAUGGUGAACUUCUUCCCAGAUUUUGUCAAGUGCUCUCCGAAUGCUACUUUGUCUGAUGUUGCUGAACAUUUCCAUUAUAUCAAGAGGAUGAUUGGGGCUGACUACGUGGGUGUUGGUGGUGACUUUGAUGGAGUUAACAGGGUUCCUCGUGGAUUGGAAGAUGUAUCAAGAUAUCCCGAAUUAUUUGCGGAGCUAUUGCGUAGUGGACAGUGGAGUGUUCAGGAACUGAAGAAUCUCGCCGGACUUAAUAUGAUGCGUGUAAUGCGACAGGUUGAAAAGAUACGUGACGACAUGCGCACUAAUGGGUCUGAACCUGAGGAACACCCUGAUUCUCCCAACGACAACGGCAACUGCACCAGCAACGCUUUCUACAUGGAAGAUGUUGUUUAAAUUCACUGGCGUAUUUACAUUCACUUGCAAAGAUCAAUCUAAAGCUACCAAAACAUUGGUUAAACCACUGCAAGGUUUUCUUUCAAUAAAGUAUUAUCAAUGUGCUAUCUCAUUUGAUAUCGACACAAAAACAAUUUUGGCAAAUGUAUGUAAAUAUCAACGAAUAUCGAUACGCAAUGGAAAAAAAAAGAGUCAUCGAUGUUUAUUAAUGGUAAUAAAUGUAUUUCAUAUAA